GGAAAUUCGAUUUGUUGUUAGUCUUAUAUUUGUGUGUUAAGGCAUAUGUCGUUUGUACCGAGCAGUCAGUUUACCAUUAGCCGUACGUGUACUGCUUCGAUCUAAGCUAACAAGACCAUCAUAAACUGUGUUCAGCUGAACGUUUUAUUUCAAAAUAGCCUUAUUUUUGUGUGCGUAGUCCGACUCACGGCUGUGCUAACCUUAGCCUAGCAUUUACGGAAUUCUUGCUAGCGAGCUUCAUAUUGUCUCAUUGUCCCACAUUAUACUCAAUUUUCCUGAAAGACAUCCAACUAGGAAACAAUGGCGGUUGUCAACGAAGUCGCCUUGAAGAAAAUGUUGAAGCAAUACAAAUACAGGGACCUGUCUGUUCGAGAAAUCACCAACGUCAUCUCUCAUUACAAAGACCUGAAGCCCGUAAUGGAUGGCUAUGUGUUCAACGAUGGCUCUACAAGGGACCUGAUGAGUUUAACAGGAACAGUCCCUGUAAGCUAUAGAGGCAACGUCUACAACAUCCCAGUGUGUCUUUGGUUGCUGGACACGUAUCCCUUCAACCCACCAAUUUGUUUUGUUAAACCAACCAGCACCAUGAUGAUCAAAACUGGUAAACAUAUUGAUGCCAAUGGAAAAAUCUACCUACCCUAUCUACAUGAGUGGAAGCAUCCUCACUCAGACCUGUAUGGUCUCAUACAGAUUAUGAUCGUAGUGUUCGGAGAAGAGCCACCAGUGUUUUCUCGCCCAACCACACAAGCACCAUAUCAGGCUUUCCAAGCUGCUGGACCUCCUAAUCCUUCUUACGUACCUGGCAUGCCUGCAGUUUCACCUUAUGGCCCAAGUCCUAAUGCGGGAGGCUACCCAGGUUACCAGUACCCAGGGGGCAACUCUUACCCAGCUACUUCUGGUCCGACACACUACCCCGCCCAGACUCCCGUUUCCACAGUGGGUUCCAACAGAGAUGGCACCAUCGGUGAAGACACGAUCCGUGCCUCGCUGAUCUCAGCUGUUAGUGACAAGCUUCGCUGGAGGAUGAAAGAGGAAAUGGACAGGGCUCAGGCCGAGUUGGAUGCCCUCAAGCGAACAGAAGAAGACCUCAAGAAGGGCCACCAGAAACUGGAGGACAUGAUCUCCCGAUUGGACCAGGAAGUGGCUGACGUCGACAGGAACAUCGAGUUGCUGAAGCGCAAGGACGAGGAGCUGACCGAGGCCCUGGAGAAAAUGGAGAACCAAUCGGAGAACAAUGACAUCGAUGACAUCAUUGUUCCGACAGCCCCCCUGUACAAACAGAUCCUGAACCUGUACGCUGAGGAGAACGCCAUCGAGGACACCAUCUUCUAUUUGGGAGAGGCCCUCCGCAGGGGGGUCAUAGACCUGGAGGUUUUUCUCAAGCACGUACGCGUUCUGUCCAGAAAGCAGUUCCAGCUCCGCGCCCUCAUGCAGAAAGCCCGCAAGACCGCCGGCCUCAGCGACCUCUACUGAGCGAGACGCAGACAUGUCUUCAGGCCCCGUGGUUCUCUUUCUUCUCCCCCUGUGCCGUUUCCCAUCUUUUAUGGACCACCAGGCUGUUUAAACACUCCUAAGAUUUGUCGUCGUGAACUGGAUUAAACCAAAUGCUUGAGAGAUUUCCCCAACACGCACGUAAUGACACCAUUGAUGUAUGUGUACUGGAGGCUAUCUAUUAGCCAGGCAGCCUUGUUUGUUGAGUAAGCACAAAAUGUCGGGGGCUCGCGGUUGAGACACCCAACGUCAUGAAAAGGUUAAGCUCCGAUAUAAAUACCCAAAGUGGUUAACCUUAAGAAGACUCUUGAUUUAGUGCUGUGUGCAGCCUGAGCCACAUUCAGAAGGCUUUUUUUUUCUAUUAUGGAUAUGCUUUAAACCAUGAACCUGUUUUGUUUCUCACUCAUGUUUUGCUUCUCUUUCCACUUUCAUUGUAUGUGUCAGCUGCUCAGGUUAGCCCUCAAAUUUGAGUGUUCAGCUGCAUUAACCAAUCGUGUACAGUAGCUCUUCUACUCUGUACAGUAUCUCUCUUGAGGACAUUUUUACAAAGUAUAUUCACUAUUUUUUAUUUUUGCUGUCCACUCUUGUUUCUGCUGAGAAGUUAGUUCUCUCUCUAUAAACCAUUUUUGUAAAGGUUUUUGAGUGUUAUAGGGUACAGAAGAGCCUAUUAUACUAAUCAGAUGUUAAGUUAUGACAACACCUCUCAUUUAACUUAGCCUUCUACUAAAUGCACUUUGAAAUGUAUCAUAGAGUAUCUGCUGUUAUUAUUUGUUUCCAAUUAAACCAUAGAUCAUCUUUUGUAUCUGUAGAUUUAUGUAAAUCCGUUCAAAUUAAAGACUGAUUUGAUGGCAAAUCAA